CGCGUAACUGUCCCACCGGCACGACCUCCUCAGCGAGAAAGUGAGUUAAACAAACUGCCAUCAUGACGGGAAGAGAAGAGGCUAUAGACGAAAAACCUAAGGUUAAACUCUAUCCCUCAUUCGGAAUCGACAAGUCACGUCUCAAUGGAUCUGGAUUUAGGUCCAAAGGGUUCGCGAUCACAGACCUGCUCGGUCUGGAGUCGGAUCUCCAGCCGCGUCAGUCCGGUUCUGGCGCAGGGGCCAAUGGAGAGGGGCAGAGCGCGGCGCUCGGAGGAUUUGCCUUCCCGGGAGGGUCUUUGCCUAUCGGCUUGGGUUUUCUUUGCAGUUUGGCGGCCCAACAACCCCCCGGGGCCCCGUGUUUUCUCCCGAGCCACAUCCCGCUCCUGCAGCCACGGACAGAGAGCCACUUCAUGCAGAAUCUAGAACAGCAACGGGACGCCUAUUCCGAUGAUGAUUGUCUUUCCGGGGAUCGCAAUGAUGGGAAAAACUCAGGGAACUCACAAAAGAGGAAAAAGCGAAGGCACAGGACGGUCUUUACCUCACAUCAACUUGAGGAGCUGGAGAAAGCCUUCCAUGAAGCACACUAUCCAGAUGUUUACGCAAGAGAAAUGCUGGCCAUGAAGACAGAGCUGCCAGAGGACAGAAUACAGGUAUGGUUUCAGAACCGCCGUGCUAAGUGGAGGAAAAGGGAGAAGUGCUGGGGCCGCAGCAGCGUCAUGGCAGAAUAUGGGCUGUAUGGUGCCAUGGUCCGCCACUCCAUUCCACUUCCAGAAUCCAUCAUCAACUCGGCCAAGAAUGGCAUGAUGGGCUCCUGUGCUCCCUGGCUUCUAGGUGAGCCAGCAGGAAUGCAUAAAAAGUCUCUGGAAAUUGGAAAAAAUCCUCCUGGCACACCUGAAUCAACACACUCUGAUUCGUAUUCGGAGGAACACAAGGUGAAAGACAGCGACACGACGUGGUCGAGUGGAGCCAAUGGAGCAGACGACUCAGAAGACAUGGCAAUAGAUUUGUCCAGCACUUCAAAACAAGAGAGUAAAAGCACUUUGAAAAGAUCACCACCUCACACAGAAGACAGCAGUGAUUCUGAGACUGAGAGUUAAAUGUGCAAAUGAAUAUGGACAAUUUUAAAGAGCACAUACAGUAUACAGGACUAUCGGCUUAUACAGUAUCUCACCUUUUGACAAUGGUUUUGUUUUUCAGCUUUCCUGUGGAUUUUUUGUAGUGGUUUAUCAAACAUUUGAAUACUAGAGACUGUUUUAUUCUGAAUUAUUUAUCUUUCAUGUGUAAAAAUGAUUAAUGUAAAAAGUGUUAAAUAAUGUUUUAUGUUAUGUUUAUGGGAAUGAUCCAUAAAUCUGAUUCACAAUAAGUUACCCUAUUUUCUUUUGCUCUGUCAAAAAAAUAUGCAGGGUGACGACUUGUUCACCACUAUUGUGAAUGUCAUAAUUUUUCCCUGUUGUAAUACGGUAUAUGUCUGGGGAUCAAAAAAGUCUCCAGAAAGGAUUCUAAAGCACUUUACCUACUGUGAUGAUGAAUGUUUUGCAUCGAUCACUGUCAUCAACAGAGCAAUAUAAUUAAAGCAAAAAUAAAACCCACAUCAUGACAAAAAAUAAAAUAAAAUAAACCAUAUUUUAUGCUUUUGA